UGAUCUAAACACGCCCGAAGGUUGAAUAAUGAAUAAAAAACCGUAAUACUGGGAAGUCCAUGGAAAUAUUUUAGUAUUAAAGUGUAACUGAUCUCGUAAAGAACAACGUUUCUUAAAAUUUUUUUUUUACUUUUUUUCAAACUAAAAAUGAAUUUUAAAAUAUUAGCCGAGUUAAAAAUUGUUUUUCUUUAUUUAAUAAUGAUUGUUACAUGUUAUAUAUGUGAAUCAAAAUUGGUGUACAAUUGUCAAAAAGGAUUUUCAAAAUUUGGAAGUAACUGUUAUUAUUUAAGUAAGGAAACUGUAACGUGGCAAGAAGCUUUUUUUGAAUGCAAAUAUUUGGCAAAAGGAAGUAAACUUGUUGUGCUUGCUAAAGAAGUGGAGGAUCAUAAUAUUCGAAAGUUUUUAAAAUAUAGAAGAAAUGAAACAAAAGAAAGAUGGAUAGGUGGCAUUUAUGAUUGGAGCCAAGACCAAUGGAAAUGGGCCACAUCAGGACGUAAAAUUCGAUACAAUAGAAUUGAAACAAUACAACAUUUAGACAAUGACAGAAAUGAUCAAUGGCAGUGUUUAUCACUAAAUCCAAAUAAUGAUUAUGCAUGGAAUGCACAAAGUUGCUUACAAAAAAAAAACUUUAUAUGUGAAGCUAAACCUCAACCAGAAUGUAUAAACAUUACAGUUUAAGAGCAAAUAUAAUAUUCAUUCAAAAAAAAAAUAUAAUAACAUUUU